AUGGAGUGGAAGGCUUACCUCCUGUGCGGCUCCCUGCUUCUGCUCACCUUCCACCUGCGAUCCUCCGCUGCUCACCCCAUGGCGGAGCAGGACACGGCCGGGGGGGGCCCGGACACCUUCAAGGCCAUACUGGGAAGACUGGAGGAGAAGCUGGAGGAACUGGAGGGAAGUCCUGACGUUAUGGAGGACGGAGCCAGGCGACCGAACGACAGCGGAGCCCCACCGCGGGAAUCCGGAGUCACCGACGGCAACCCCUUCGCCCUCAGCAACGCGAUCCUCAAAGGGCUGCGGUCGCUGCAGAGCAGGAAAAUGAUGAGAGGCUCCAACUGCUUCGGGAGACGGAUUGACAGAAUCGACUCCGUGAGCGGGAUGGGCUGCAAUGGAUCCCGAAGAGUGAUCAGGACCAUGGCAUGACCCCAUUUCAGGAGGACUCCACCCCCCCC